CCGCCCGGCCGCCGCCCUCAGCGCGGCGGCGCGGGCCCACUUGGGCCCGGGCUCUACCUCCAGCUGCUCAUGCCCGUCCUUAGGCCUGGCCGAUCCUACGGCCGCCUUCGUAGCGGAGCCCGAGCAGAAGUGGAGUUUAUUAAUAACCCUAGCCCGCCACUCUAGGGCGGCGGAGCUUUUCUCUCUGAAGACGCCACCCCACCCCCCACUUCUCGCAGCGCCCCGCCUGUCCCCUAAGGGGGCCGCUGAGGGAAGGAAGAGCAAGAGGGGAGGGUGGAGCUCUCGGGAGCCGGGCGGCUUUGCUGGACCUGACCUUCGCGCGGAGCGAGUCCCAUGGCGCUCGCUCGGUGGCGAAGCUCGUCGGGUUGGGCCUCCGGGCCUCGGUUCACAGCAGGCCCCAACAGGGGCGCGGGCCCUGCGGCUGGGGACACUGCCUGCACAUCGCCCCCGGGUUUCUUCCUAUUCUGAUCGGUAGAAAAUGUUGUUAGCGCAAAUAAAUCGGGAUUCUCAGGGAAUGACAGAAUUUCCUGGAGGAGGAAUGGAGGCUCAGCAUGUCACUCUGUGCCUGACAGAGGCGGUAACCGUGGCAGAUGGUGACAAUUUAGAAAAUAUGGAAGGUGUGAGUUUACAAGCUGUCACUCUUGCCGAUGGCUCUACUGCUUACAUACAGCAUAAUUCUAAAGAUGGGAGACUCAUUGAUGGCCAGGUCAUUCAAUUGGAAGAUGGUUCUGCUGCCUAUGUUCAACAUGUCCCCAUACCUAAAAGUACAGGGGACAGUUUGCGGCUGGAGGAUGGGCAGGCAGUGCAGCUGGAAGACGGAACCACUGCGUUUAUCCACCACACUUCGAAAGAUAGUUAUGACCAGAGCUCCCUUCAGGCCGUCCAGUUGGAAGACGGUACAACAGCGUAUAUCCACCAUGCAGUGCAAGUCCCACAGCCUGACACCAUCUUAGCAAUCCAGGCUGAUGGCACAGUGGCGGGGCUGCACACGGGAGAUGCCACGAUUGACCCUGAUACCAUUAGUGCUUUGGAGCAGUAUGCAGCAAAGGUGUCUAUUGAUGGUAGUGAAGGUGUGACAAGUACAGGACUGAUUGGAGAAAAUGAGCAAGAGAAAAAAAUGCAGAUCGUCUUACAAGGACAUGCUACGAGAGUAACUCCUAAAUCUCAACAGAGUGGAGAAAAGGCGUUUCGGUGUAAAUAUGAUGGAUGUGGGAAACUGUAUACAACAGCUCACCAUCUUAAGGUCCAUGAGCGCUCGCACACAGGAGACCGGCCUUAUCAGUGUGAGCAUUCAGGCUGUGGGAAAGCAUUUGCAACAGGUUAUGGACUAAAAAGUCAUUUCAGAACUCAUACUGGAGAAAAGCCAUAUCGGUGUUCAGAAGAUAAUUGUACUAAAUCUUUCAAAACUUCAGGAGACCUACAGAAGCACAUCAGAACCCAUACAGGAGAAAGGCCCUUUAAAUGCCCUAUUGAAGGCUGCGGUCGGUCCUUUACAACGUCAAAUAUCAGAAAAGUACACAUUAGGACACACACAGGAGAAAGACCUUACUACUGCACAGAACCAGGAUGCGGGAGGGCAUUUGCCAGCGCAACUAAUUAUAAAAACCAUGUGAGGAUACACACAGGAGAAAAGCCAUAUGUCUGUACAGUUCCUGGGUGUGACAAACGGUUUACAGAAUAUUCCAGUUUGUAUAAACAUCAUGUCGUUCACACUCACUCUAAACCAUACAACUGUAACCACUGUGGGAAAACAUACAAACAGAUUUCCACACUGGCCAUGCACAAACGGACAGCCCACAAUGACACAGAGCCCAUUGAGGAGGAGCAGGAAGCCUUCUUCGAGCCUCCCCCAGGUCAAGGUGAUGAUGUUCUUAAAGGGUCCCAGAUCACAUAUGUUACAGGUGUAGAAGGAGAGGACAUCGUAUCUACACAAGUAGCCACAGUAACCCAGUCUGGGUUGAGUCAACAAGUCACACUCAUAUCGCAGGAUGGGACUCAACACGUCAACAUAUCUCAAGCCGACAUGCAGGCCAUUGGCAACACCAUCACCAUGGUAACACAGGAUGGCACACCCAUCACAGUCCCCACUCACGAUGCAGUCAUCUCCUCAGCAGGAACACAUUCUGUUGCUAUGGUCACUGCUGAGGGCACAGAAGGACAGCAGGUUGCAAUUGUAGCUCAAGACCUGGCAGCAUUCCAUGCGGCCUCUUCAGAAAUGGGACACCAGCCACAUAGCCAUCAUUUAGUAACUACAGAAACCAGACCUCUGACCUUAGUGGCAACAUCCAAUGGCACCCAGAUUGCAGUUCAGCUUGGAGAGCAGCCAUCUCUGGAAGAAGCUAUUAGAAUAGCAUCUAGGAUCCAGCAAGGAGAGACGCCAGGGUUGGAUGAUUAAUACUCAGAACCACAGAGCAAUAAAGCAGGAGGAAGAGCCUUUCAUCUCUGCGGCAGAAUUCCUGAAGCCCGGCCCGGCAGAGCAGAAGUCCCAUUCCUGAAGCACUGGACACAUUUUUAUGCGAGAGUAGAGAACGUUUUCUUCUUGACACUUUUGUGUACAUAGUCCCUGGAAUAAAUUCCCACGGUGAUUCAUUGUGUACAAGGAAGAAUGAAGUGAGAGCCCUGUGGCAGUUCUUCAUGUUUCUCUUGGUCACACGGCAGACUUGUGAGGCCACCCGUAAGACCAGCGAGGUCCUAACACAGUCAAGAUGAGCUUUUAACUUACUGUGAAAAAGAAAAAGGCUGUAUCUAAUGUGCUGAAGGUUCUACAUGUGAAACAAUCAUAACUCCAAAGCCAUCACAGAAAAUAAAGGAUGCAAGCCUUCAGCUGUCCCUCCAGUUAAUGUCUGGAUUUUUUUGUCCUACUACACACCCAUUUUUAUUUGUAUUUCAAAGUUUGAAGACUUCAUUUAUAGUCUCCCAUCCCUGUAAUAUAACAUUUCUUCAAGCUAAAAUGCUGAUUAUUUUAGCAUUACAUUGGAUUAUGUAUAAAAUUACAAAGUUUGCUUAUUUUAAAUUAAACAUCAAAUCCAGUGUUUGAAGCUGGGAAUGGUAGCUUGUGCCUGUAAUCCCAGCAUUAAAGACCUGAGGCAGGAGGCAUACAUAAAUUUGAGACUGGCCUGGACUAUGUUGUGAAUUUCAGGCUAAUCUGAGCUACAGAGUAAAUACUUUCUCAAAAACAAAGUAUAUCUGUUGUUUGGGUUGUUAAAGAUUCUAUUCAGCCUUCUGAUUUUUUGCUACUGUUUUUUAUGAUAAUCAACUAUGAGAGUUUCCCACGGGUCUGGCCUAGGCUUAUAGUUCUAUGGCUGAGAAUGGAUUUACUCCAAAAAAAAACUGGGUUAGUGAGUUAUGUAAAUUAUUUAUUUUUGCUCCUAAGCUUUUGUUUUAAAGCUUAUUUACCUUAAAGUUUAUUAUUGACUUUGAAUACAGCAGUUUUUAAAACAA